UAAUUUACAAUAUAAGCAUAUAACUUGUAAUAUAUGUUCUGAAAGAUGUGCUAGAAAAAGACAAGAAGCAAAUCCAAAAAAGAAAACUAAAAUCACUACUGAUCUUGAAGUAGUAGUUCCAACUAUUAGCAGUUCAAUUUUCAGAACUAUAAAUUUUUUUCAAAUUGAUAAUAUUCUUAAAGACUAUAAUAAUCUUAAACCAGUGUUAGAAACUAGUAUUUUUGAUGAUAGGUCUGCAAAUAUGAUAGAAGUAUAUGAUAAUAGUGAUGAAUAUAAUGAUAACAAGAAUAUACUUUUAUAUUGUAUAGAUAAAAUAAAGAUAAUUGUCACUACACAAUUUCAAAAAUACUGA